AUGUCCUCAACGGGAGCAGACACCUCUGGAGGAACUGCGUCUAGAAGAGACCACAAACAAGGCAACCAGGACCGGUCGUACACAGCAGAGCAGCAUGAGGCGGUGAAACGAGUGAUGAGGUGCCAGGCGACGGACUACUACGAGAUUCUUAAGAUCAAAAAAGACUGCACUGAGACAGAGGUGCGCAAAUCCUACCGGCGACUGGCCCUUACUAUGCAUCCAGACAAGAAUGCAGCGCCCCAGGCCGACGAAGCGUUCAAGCGGGUGUCCAAGGCGUUCCAGGUUCUCAGUGAUGCAGACAAAAAGCGGAUAUACGACCAGACUGGCGCUGACCCGGAACAGCGCGGUGGAAUGCCUUCCGGAGCUUCCGCAUUUGGGCGGGCUGCGGGCGGCUCACCUUUCGCUGGUGGUGGUAUGCACGGAGGAUUCGACCCCGAGGACAUUUUUUCUGCUUUUUUUGGCGGUAAUCAGGCAUUCGGCAGCCCAUUUGGCGGAGCAUUCGGCGGCCCGUUCGGCGGCGGCGGUACACAGUUCGCAUUCGGAGGUGCUGGGGGCCCGCGGGUAUACACGUUCAAUGCGGGCAAUCCAUUUGCACAGUUUGGUGAGCAAGCCAGACGUCGCGCAGCGCACCAGGGUGGUGAAGCUGCCGGUGAACAGCCCACGCGGAUGCAAAGGUUCAUGCAGUUUUUACCCCUUCUUUUUAUUAUUGUGCCAUAUAUCUUUUCCCUGAUUUUCGGCGGCGAUUCGUCUGCUGCGGCUGCUGCUCCCCGCUUCAAAUUCGACCGUGAGCCGCCCUACAUCCAGCUACGUCAUACCCCCAGAUUUGGCGUAAACUUUUAUGUGAACCCUCUUGACGUACAAGGUUUGUCUGACGUCAAGCUGAGGCGCCUGGACCGUGAAGCAGAAGCAAAGUACGUUUCUGUGCUACGGGUCAAUUGCGAGCACGAACAUCAUAUACGUGAGGAAAUGCUUCGUGAGUCUAUGGGCUGGUUUGUUAGGGAUCAAGAAAAGUAUCAGCAAGCGUUGAACCAUCCCAUGCCACAUUGCGAGCGGCUAGAUGAGCUGGGCUUGAGGCUGAAUUCUUGA